AUGGGAGGCACGAUACCGCCUGCUCCAGCCAAUGCCUCCACAGAGGAGACAAGUAAGGGCAAAGCAGAAGAACAGCCAGAGGAGCCAGUUAAAUCACCUGAACCAGAAAGUGAAGAGAGUGACUUAGAAAUUGACAAUGAAGGAGUGAUUGAACCAGACAAUGAUGACCCUCAAGAAAUGGGAGAUGAAAAUGUGGAGGUAACUGAAGAGAUGAUGGAUCAAGCUAAUGAGAAGAAGAUUGAAGCGAUAAAUGCUCUAAGUGAAGGUGAACUUCAGAAGGCUGUCAACUUGUUCACAGAUGCUAUCAAGCUGAAUCCUUGUUUGGCCAUCUUGUAUGCCAAGAGAGCAAGUGUUUUUGUGAAACUACAGAAGCCAAAUGCUGCCAUUAGAGAUUGUGACAGAGCCAUCAAGAUUAAUCCUGACUCAGCACAGACCUACAAAUGGAGGGGGAAAGCACAUAGACUUCUGGGUCACUGGGAGGAGGCCGCUCAUGAUCUUGCGUUAGCUUGUAAACUGGAUUACGAUGAAGAUGCUAGUGCCAUGCUGAAGGAGGUGCAACCAAGAGCUCAGAAAAUUGCAGAGCAUCGCCGAAAAUAUGAGCGGAAGCGUGAAGAAAAGGAAAUCAAGGAAAGAAUGGAAAGAGUAAAGAAGGCACGGGAGGAACAUGAGAGAGCACAGAGGGAGGAAGAAGCAAGACGACAGGCAGGAGGAGCUCAGUUUGGUGGUUUCCCAGGUGGCUUCCCAGGUGGAUUUCCUGGGGCUAUGCCUGGAGGCAUGCCAGGAAUGGCGGGUAUGCCAGGUCUCAAUGAGAUUCUCAGUGAUCCAGAAGUCCUUGCGGCCAUGCAGGAUCCAGAAGUUAUGGCUGCAUUCCAAGAUGUUGCCCAGAACCCAGCAAAUAUGUCCAAGUACCAGAACAAUCCCAAGGUCAUGAGUCUCAUCAGUAAAUUGUCUGCCAAAUUUGGCAGUAAACCAUAAUAUCCCUGGUUCUUAAAAAUCAUAUCUGAAUGGGAAGGGUUGGAUUUGGCUAACCAGUGUUGCAAUAAAACAAACCAUUGUACCUCUGAUCUUAAGAGGAGAAACGGGGUGUUCUAAGGAGAACUGCUCUCUAGCCCCAAGUGUUGACUUAAUUCAAUGAUUGGUUUAUAGCACUCAAAUUAUAAUCAGAUAAUGUAGUUUAAACCAUCCCUCCUUGUCCAAGAGUUGCAGCCUUUUGUUAUAAGCAUUACAGACAAUUUCCUUUAAAUGAACACUCCUGUAAGAAAUUGUAAUAUUCCAGGAGUUUAAGAUAAAAACCUGCCGUUGUGUUACUUUGGAUUUUUUUUUUUUAAUUACCCUCAGUGAGCAAAGAAGAAGGAACUUUAAUAGUUGAAGUCUGUCUUAAUCCCCUUAGGACAGAAAAGUUGGAUUAGUCACAAAUAGAAAAGUCGGACAAGUCUGAAGAAUUAACUGGAUAAAGGAAUUGUCUGCAAAUACAAGUCCUUACAGUUUUGGGUUUUGUUUUGGUUUUUUUUUUUUUCAAUGGGUGACUGACUUUCUGUAGCUAUUAAAAUUAUCAGUAUAACCAUGCUGGCUAGUUACACACUGGAACUUCUGGCAGUACUGCAAAUAAUGUAAUAUUUUGAUCACCACAACUGUGCUGCAAAGGUACAGUCCAAUCCUUUGCACAAUCUGGCAUUAAGUACAUAUUGCAGAGGCCACAGAGGUUUUUGUUACUUGCUCAAUUCUUGCCCAGCACCUUUACAUAACAUUUUAUUUAUCAGUCUGGGUACGGGAGAGCAGCUUAUUGCCUGUGCUUUGUGCUCUUGUCUUUUCCCACUUGGCAAGUCCACCGCUGGUUGCACUCGCCCACCCUUGGGGCCAUGCUUACCAGGUUUCAUCUAUUUGGAAACUUUAGGGAAGGAAUCUUGUUCCCAUCACUACCUCUGUCCCACUGAAUGCAAGCCAUCCAGAACACAUAAAUGCAGAGUUACAAAUCAGUGAAGGGGAGAAUACUGAACAAAAUUGCAGCUCUGGGUUCUGAGUCAGUUAAGUCCUUACACGCUUAGUGGUUAGAAUUUCUUGGCCAAAGUCCUGCUGUCUCUUUAGAAGUGAUGACUCUUCCUUCACCGCAUACUGUAGUCUUCCAUCUUUUCUUGUAUUCUUUUCUUAAAAAAAAAAAAAAAA